AUGGAAACAACCAAUAUUAUAACCAAUUGUACCAGUGACUGUUUAACUGUGCUCUACGAGUUUCCUUGUAGUGAUGUUCAUAGUCAACCGCGACUCGACUCCACCCUACAACUGGUUAGCCAGUUUUUAGAAAACGUCCCAACCUCUGGUCAAAUCUCCCGGAGAAGUCAAUGCGACGUACAGGCCAUCCAAUUUCGACCUGCAUCAUUUACUUCCCAUGACCCAGAAGUCUGGUUUGCCGCAUUAGAGUUUCAAUAUGAGACUCGCUGCAUUACGAGCCGAAGGCGAAAGUAUGCGUUCGCUCUCGAAUCACUACCCGAGGACCAUAUAGUAGCUGUACGUGAGGUUGUCCUCAAUUCCAAUGCACCUAAUGCUUACAAUUGCCUCAAAGAGGCAAUUUUCAGACAUCUCCUCCCAUCGGGGGAGGAACGAUUGACGACAUUGUUAGCACGUCACCCCCUGGGUGAUGCUAAACCAAGCCACCACCUCACGUGCCUGCAAUCUCUUGCAGGACCAACAGCAGCUGACUCGGAAAUAGUCAAAGGAUUGUGGCUCGAUUCAUCACCAGCUCACAUCCAACCCUACCGUAACGGCCCUGCUCGAGGACGCACCACUUCAUCAGGUAGUCCUCACAGCAGACCAAUUUUUAGGGAGGACUAG